AUGGCGUCAACUGAAUGCUAUCUGACGCUCGCUUCAAGAUAUUAUGAUGAUAGAGUUGAACCUGAACGGUUACGAUGUGCACAAUCUUGUUAUGAUAAUAACGUAUGUUUUGGUGUUGCGUAUCAUAAAGGGCGACAGAUAUGCUAUGUUUAUAAUCAGUUUCCACAUUCACCAAUAGUAGAUGUUGGUAUGGUUACGUUUUUACCCGAAGAUGCCUCUUAUCGAGUAGAAGUAAAAACAGGAGAUGCAAGUACAGCAAAAACAGACGCCAAAGCAUAUGUGAGAAUUUACGGUAGUUAUGGAGACACGGGUCCUUUACAACUAGACCAAUCUCUUAAUCAUUCUGAUCCGUUUCAUCGAAACUACAUUGAUACUUUUAUACUUACAGCUCCGGUCAUUGGACAGAUGGAAAAAAUUAAGAUAGGACAUGACAACUCUGGAUUAGAUCCUGGUUGGUACUUAGAUACAGUUACUAUUGAUAUACCAUAUGAAGGUCGACGUUAUGUGUUUGUGUGUAAUCGAUGGUUAACUGAAUUUAAUAAUGGAUCGAUUGAAAAAGAACUUCAGCCAACUAGUUCAGAAGGUUAUGUUAAAGGUAAUAUAGAUUAA